UUUCCAUAAAGAAAGUUCCUUGUAGCAUGUUCUGUUUCAGAACUCCCUGAGUUGCUUUCCUCGUUUUUAUUUUUCAAUAAAAAAUCAUGCUCUAUACAUUUAAGACAAAAUCCACCAACAAACAUAUACAUGCUCCCCAAAUGGGAGUUGGUGGCACUUUGGAAUAUUUGUCUGAUCUAGUGAGCAGUGGUCACCACCACCUCAAGAAGAAGAAGAAGCAGUUACAAACUGUGGAGCUAAAGGUUAGAAUGGACUGUGAUGGUUGUGAGCUUAAGGUCAAGAAAACCCUAUCUUCACUAAGUGGGGUACAAUCAGUGGAUAUAAACCGUAAACAGCAAAAAGUGACUGUGACUGGGUUUGUGGAUCCAAACAAGGUGCUGAAGAAGGCUAAGUCAACAGGGAAGAAGGCUGAAAUUUGGCCUUAUGUGCCAUACAACUUGGUGGCUCAACCAUAUGCUGUUUCUUCUUAUGACAAGAAGGCUCCUCCUGGUUAUGUGAGGAGAGUGGAGAAUGCUCCAACCACUGGAACCAUGACAAAAUAUGAAGACCCUUAUGUCAACAUGUUCAGUGAUGAAAACCCAAAUGCAUGUUCUAUCAUGUAGACAAAACAGAUGUUUUUUUUCUUUCUAAGCUUGGCACUGUAAAUUUUUCAAAUUUUAAUCUAGUAUUUUUUUUAAUUUUUCUAGUUUACUUUUUCUGGUCAAUUUUCAAGCUCGUUAUCCUACAUUAUGGACUUUUCUUAACAUGAAAAAGGAUGAGAAGAGACGUUGCUGUUAUCA